AUGGCCGCUGCGAUCUGGCUGACCAACCUCCUGCUUGAUGCGCAGACUGCUCGGAAUUCCGUAUUCCCCGAAGGGGCCGACAGCCCUGUCAUCGCAGCUGAGCUCGAUCGUGAGUUGGAGCUGAUGCGGAUGGAGUUGGCACAGGCCACUACACCAAUGGUCCAGUGGCGAUUGAGUUGCACGAAGCUGGCCAACAACCAGAAGGCUGAGGGCAAGAACGCAUGGAACAAGGAGGAAGUGGACCCCGACUGCCUAGCGGUGCUGCAACGCCAUCACCUAGGUGCUCAGUGUCGAGGCAAUUUCAUGGAAGAUGAUCCACAAGCCGUGGCUGACAUCAUCAAGACGUAUGGGCAGAAGUUCACAGCCUUCUGUGGGCUUGCCAGCCAUAUCGAGAUGAACAUACCCCACCGACGAGUGGGACACCUUGUGGAGAAUGUCGUCAUGGAACGAGGUGAGGCAGAAUACUUCGCGUCCCGCCUCGACUGCAGCAUGAUCGUGGUCGAUGCGCAGCACCUGGGCAUCAUCAGUCGUCCUCGCCUGUGGUGGAUGCGCAUCGACUGGAGCAAGAUGCGCACCAGUCCCCUGGCUGGAAUGAGAAUGAAGUGGACCAAGACGCAGAAGUUUCACCGUCUUCAUCAGGCCGCCACGGAAACGUAUGAAGGGCAAGGUUCAUCCAGAGCAGAAGGGUUGUUGAAGAUGACGGGAAUGUCCAGCUUGGACGACCUUGCAACCGACCUUCAACAGGGUUUCCAGGUCAUGGGGACACUGAACCCAGGCUACGAUCAGAAGGAGCUCCCGGCGGAGGACAUCACCUUCAGCUUCUGCUUCAGUGUCAAUAACAAACAAACAGACAAGAUCAGACGCUGUGAGGACUUCCGCACGUCCGGAGACAACUCGACAGUGGUAUGGGCUCAAGACCUCAAUAGGGAGCCCAACGAUUGCUUUUGCGUCCUGCUGACACCAAAAGGCCCUUUGUUGCUUAGGCUGGGACCCAUGGGCAGUUGGUACUUCGGAGCAUCCUAUGCAGCGGCCCUGUGCUUCGCAGACUUCACCUCAGUUCCCAUAAAGAGUUUUUGUUUCCCGUGGGGCGGUGCUGGAUUCCUUAGCCCAGCCUUCUUGGUUUCAGAUAUAUCCUGGACCUUCCAAAUCCGGAAAAAAUCAACGAACUUUAAAUUAGAUUAG